AUGUGCGUCAGAUGUUCAAAUCUAUUUAGGGAUUUGAAUGAAGAGUAUCUUAGAUUCACAGCAGAUACUAAGUAUAUUUUGGGAGCAGCUAUAUCUGUCAAUUUUUCCCUUUUAGUCAAAAACACUCGGUUAGGUGAUGUGUAUGGAAAGAAGCACUAUGUUCUUAAUUCUAUUAGAGAAAUUUCUGGUGCUAUAAUACACAUAUACCCAAGGCCUACUAGUGAGAAUGAAGAAAAUCUUAUUUCUCUAUUUGGGGAGAUUUCUCAUAUAAAUCUCAUCAGAGAAAAGAGAAGUGGGAAAUCAAAGGGCUUAGCCUUUCUUGCUUAUGAGGAUAGGAGAAUUUCCACCUUAGCUAGUGAUAAUUUGGAUGGAUUUAUGUUGCUUGGGAGUAACAUCAAGGUGAAUCACAGUAGGAAGUAUCUCCGGCGUGAAGAAGAAACUAUGGCAGAGAAACACUGUUCACAAUCUGUUCAUAAUAGGAAGUCAUCUUAA